CCGUGCGGGUCGGGGUUGGCGACCAGGUUCGCCGCUCCGGCCUCAAGAGGCUCAGCAGGAGCCGGAGGCGGGGGGAGGCCUCGCUGGAGGCCCUCACAGGCACCCGCCGGACGAGAAGGAGACAUCCGUUCUGGAAAACAUUAACAACAACAAUGACUGGCUUGAUCUUCACUCUCAGCUCCCGAUGACUUAUCCUUUUGUUCCUAAGGUUUACCUAGGAGUACACUGCCACUAUACAGCGAUAGACAUUGCCCUCCCCUAAAGUGUAAGGUCAGGUAAUGUAGAAACCUGCUGGAAGUUCACUAACAGAAGACAUCACAGUAAUGGAAUUCACUACCUUUUUCAUAAAGAGAUGAUGAAGUUGGUAGAUGUGGCUUUUUCUGAAUAUGUAUUGGUGGCCUGCUCACAGAUGUCGUCUGUUACUGAAAAUGGAGAAGUUACUGCUGGGAAGCCAAAUAAAGAGAAAACGUAUAAAAAGACUGCAUCAUCCGCUAUUAGAGGUCUUAUCCAGCUGGGAAUAGGAUACACAGUAGGAAACCUUACAUCAAAAUCGGUCAGAGAUGUUCUUAUGCAAGACUUUUAUGUAGUGGAAAGUGUCUCCCUACCAAGUGAAGGGAGCAGUCUUACCCCUGCUCAUCGUUACCCUGACUUCACGUUUAAGACAUAUGCACCUUUUGCCUUCCGCUACUUCAGAGAACUUUUUGGUAUCAAGCCUGAUGAUUACUUGUACUCAAUCUGCAAUGAGCCUUUAAUUGAAUUAUCCAACCCAGGUGGCAGCGGGUCCUUAUUUUUUGUAACUAGUGAUGACAAGUUCAUCAUCAAAACAGUUCAACACAAAGAGGCUGAGUUUCUUCAGAAGAUCUUGCCAGGUUAUUAUAUGAACCUGAACCAGAAUCCGAGGACUCUUCUACCCAAGUUUUAUGGCCUGUACUGCGUUCAAUCAGGAGGCAUUAAUAUUAGAGUUGUUGUAAUGAACAAUGUCUUGCCACAAGCCUUGGAAAUGCAUUUAAAGUACGACUUGAAAGGCUCCAUGUACAAACGGAGAGCAUCAAGAAAGGAGAGAGAGAAGUCCAACCCUACUUUCAGAGACCUGGAUUUCCUGCAAGACAUGCAUGAAGGGUUGUAUUUGGAUUCUGAAACACACAGUGCACUAAUGAGAACUCUACAGCGGGAUUGUCUAGUUCUACGGAGUUUUAGGAUCAUGGAUUACAGUCUGCUACUGGGAAUACACAUGCUGAAGAGUAACUUGAAGGAAAAAGAAGCAGAGAAUUCUCAGAGUACAUCAGAUGCAAAACGGCCUGUGGGGCAGAAAGUUCUCUAUUCCACAGCCAUGGAGUCUAUACAGGGCCCUGGGAAGUCAGGGGGUUCUGUCACCACAGAGGCAACAAACACAAUGGGUGGUAUUCCAGCUAAAAGCCAUAAAGGAGAAAAGCUGCUUCUAUUUAUGGGUAUUAUUGAUAUUCUACAGUCCUAUAGGUUAAUGAAGAAGCUGGAACACUCCUGGAAAGCUCUCAUUUAUGAUGGGGAUACUGUCUCAGUUCACAGACCAAAUUUUUACGCAGAGAGAUUCUUAAAGUUUAUGAGUUCAAGAGUUUUCAAGCGAGUUCAAGCUUUAAAGCCUUCACCUUCAAAGAAACGGUGCAAUUCUAUCACAGCCCUAAAGGCAACAUCACAAGAAGUAGUGUGUGCAGCUAACCAGGAGUGGAAGGAUGAGAAGCAUGACAUUCUUGCUGAAGGACAGAGCUAUGCCAGCCUUGAUGAAGAAGUACUAAGUUCAGGCCAUCGGCCAGAUCUAGUGUUGAGCACUCCGUAUCUGUUUGAAGCAGCUUCCUUGGCAACCACAAUUUCUUCUUCUUCCUUGAAUGGGGAUGACCAUAAUCAACAAGAUCAACCUGUGAUCGAUUCUAGCAGCAACGUGUUGCCUUCAAGUUCAACAUUCACUUUAGAAGACAGUGCCAUCUAUUUGACUUCAGAGCAGAGCACACCGGAAACGGAGAAUGAUAAUGCUUCAGUGCUGGAUGUCUAUUUAUAAGAAAGAAUACAUAAAGAGUAAGAGGAGUGACCAUGGUCACUGAAGAGCGUUUUCUGCACUUCUGAUUUGAGAAGGAGGAAUUUGUUGAGCCUACAAGAAGAGUAAGAAGUGUCAGGAUCUCUGAAUCAUAGAAAGGAUUGAUGGACUUAGCAAAAAUGUGAAACCCUCCACACGUUGCUGUCAUCUGCUGUUGCUUGCUGAACUGUGAAGAACUGUGUAUUUGGGCUGCUUUCUAUAUUGCCAAUCACCUUUUUUGGAUUUGAAAGUGGUAUUUUCGUAUUAUCUCUCUCGUGGUUUCAUUUGCAUGCAUUCUGUAACUAUGCACAAGCAAAAUCUGUUAUCUGCUUUAAUGAUUUAAAAAUAAGCCCAGUGGUGAAUUAAAUUAAUGUUUUGACCCUUAAAUUCUAAUCACUUAGUUCCAUAUCAGUGGAAAUUGGAAUUUUUGCUAUACAAGGGUUAGGACAAACCUCAGCAACAUACUAUUUGAAAAUUAGCCUAUACAGAUACUUUCACUUCUGGUGAAAAGGAUUAAAAAAUGUUAUUUAUAACAAGGCCUUAAGCUGUUUACACGUACUGGCUUUGAAAUAUUUUUGAUCUUAGUUUAUUUCUUGUAAAAGAGAAAUUAUAUAAUUUAUUUGGUAAAUACUGCUGUAAACUAUAGGGUUUUUGGUGAAUAAAAUAUUUUGCUUUCAAGACUA